AUGCCGAGUAAAAGAAGAACCAAAAAAGGUCUCUCUAUAAGACUCAGAUGCAGGCAAAUGCGACUAGCAAAAGAAAGAAAAAAGUUAGCGUUUUUAAAACUUGCUGAUAGUAUUUUCGAAAAUAAAAAUGCAAGUUCUACUCCUGCUGAAAAUAAGUCUUCAAAAUCAAAUCUUGAAGUUCCAAGUGAAGUUGAUGAAAAUGAAGAAGAAGAAAUUAUUUAUGAAGAAAUAGAGGGUUAUUUUCCUGAAGAAAGAUUAGAAGAAACAUCCAAUAUUGAUAACAGCGAAGACUUCAUAGGAUUAAAUCAGUCGAAUGAUUUAAAUAAUUGCACUAAAGAAGAACAGGAAGAAAGAUUGGUUAUUAAAAUAGAUCCUGCAGAAUACUUGUCAGAAUUAAAUCAGUCAAAUGGUUCAGAUAAUUGCAGCGAAGAAAACUUGAAUAUUAAAAUUGAACCGAUAGAAGACUUGUCAGAAUUAAAUCAGUUAGAUAAUUUAGUUUAUUGCACCGAAGAAAAAGAACAAAAUGUUGACAAUAAUUCAAGCAAAAUUCACGCAUUAAAUCUUCCAAGAUUAAAUAAGUUUACUUCUAACUACGAGGUAAAGUACAAAGCUGUUGUUAUUUUAUCUCAUGAUUUAGAUUAUUAUUCGGAGGAAGAAGAAGAAAUACCAGCAUUUAAUUCUGAUGAAAUAGACAAAAAAAUUAAAACAUAA